CAUAUUGGAAAAGCUCCGCACACAGUCUCGCUUGGGAAUCCAUCAAGAUGUUUGAUUAGUGUCUCAGAUGAGUGUCUCUGCUGGAAUCUUUGGCUCUUUUAAAUGAGCCUGCAAUCAAAGCAUAGACAGCUGGAGAUUGAACUCAAACUCAGGCCUCCUCAGAAAUCACUCUCUUAACCCGUGAAGAGUGCAGACGAGACGAGAUGCAUUUUCAGCAUUACAUCAUAAAGACUUCUGCUACAAAUGGAUGAAAUUUAGCAGCCAUCAUCUCUACAUGCAUUCGCAAAGCGGUGAGGUGCUGUUAUACAGGAAGACGGCGGAGGCAGGAAGGGAAGGAGUGAAAGAGAAAUCCCUCUUCAAGAAUAGCUCCAGAGCCGAGCGGCUUUUCCUGCUAUAGGAAACCUGGAACGGGAGGGUGAAAGCCUCGCUAAAGCAUUUGCUGACAGAAAUUCAACCGUAAUGGGCAUUUAAGGUGUCAGAGUUCAUGGGAAGGAAGCUGAACCCGUCAUUGCAGGGAACGAGGGAUCCCAUGUUCCUCACUGGCAUGAGUUUCCCACCUGAUUGGCCCGUCUACAGCGAGACACUUAUUAAACUCAGCGUCUACGGUGUGAACGACGGCCACCAGCAGACGAGGAACUUCUUGGGAAGUAGCAGCUUCUCCGUUGCCGAUCUCCUCCAGUCCAAGGACCAGCAGCUUUCUCUCAGCCUGAGGACAGCAGAUGAUUCAGCUACAGUGGGCACAGUGGUGGUGAGCCAGAUGAAGAUGGGUGAGAUCGAGGAUGGUGAGGUGGACCACUUUACCACCGACAUGCACCAGAAGUGCACGCUGGUGUAUGAGUCGUCACAUGGAAGUGUUAAUGACAAAGAUAACGGACCAAUAAUGAAUGCUGUGUUUAAGAACGCGGUGUGUAAGGUGUACAGGUUUCAGACGGUGGACAGUAAAUGGAUGUUGGUUCGGGAGCAGAUGGCAGAGUGUACGCUGUCCUUCAGCGUCCCGAAGCAGCUCAUCGCCCUCUACAUUCAGGAGGACACCUGCAGGAUACAGGAGCUGAAAGAUCUGGGAGAACUCUCACCACACUGGGACAACCUACGGAAGGAUGUAAUCUCUCGCUACGACCAGAUCAUCAAAGAAUACCAGGACACGCUGGUGGAGCUGGAGAAACUUACUGGCCCGUCGUUCAAGCCCAGCUGCAGCAAAGGCCAGAAAUAUCUGGAGUUCAUUCCCAUCAACCUGCACACACAGAGAAUGCGGGUGACGUGUCCAAGAAAAACAGAUUCCUUCUAUGAUGUGGUCACAGUAGGAGCUCCGGCAGCCCAUUCACAAGGCUUCAAGAACGGGGGCUUGCAGAAACUGCUCAGCAAAUACGAAUCCGAGAAGAAGAGCUACAGCACGGCGUAUCAGUGCAUUUACUAUCCUCCAGAACAAACGGCCAAGGCCCGCGAGAUCCUGCGUGUGGUGUCCCAGCUGCAGCCGCACAUCUCUGCGCUGGCCGACCAGCUGCUCCAGACGGCCCAGCGGAGCUCUAGCCAGCGUCUCCGAGACGUCCUCAAGAGCCUGGAGGACAAGACGGAGCAGUUUGUUCACGCUCUGAAGGAUGAGUUGGUGAAGAGUGCUCUCCUGGCGCUGCAUGCCGCCCGUCCCGGAUACGUCAGCAAGAGUCAGAGCUCCACUCCGUCCAGCCCUGCCCCGGCCGUGGCCGAUCCGCACCCCAGUGUUGCUCAGGAGCCACACAGCAUCUGCAACAACGUGGACGGCUCCCAGACGCCGCCGAAAGAAAGCCGAGCGUCGCCCGUCCGCUCCAAGUCCAUCCCACACCACAAAGAGUACGACGAGGAGGAAUGGGACAGGGUCUGGGCCAGUGUGGCGAAGAGUUUGAACUGCAUCAUCGCCCUGGUGGAUAAACUACAGGAGCAAGACAACAACAACCAGGAAUCAGUGCCCAGCCACACGCUGGCAGACGUCAUCACCUCACACAGUCCCGAUCCUCCCAUGACUGCAGCAGUUUGGCAGGAUCAGCUCGGCAUCCUGGUUCAAUCAUUGAAGGACUGUGUGGCAGAGGUGGCGGAGAGAGCGAGGCGCUCUGUGAGCUUCGUCCUGCUCCAGGAGGCGGUGUGCAGCACGGCACAGGGCCUGCAGCUGCAGCAGAGACGGGACGCUGUCUUCAGCCAGGCACUGGCUGCGCUGGCAUGUGGAUUUGUCAUGCGAUUAUACGCAGGUUUGGAGGAUAAAGGCUUUCUCAGACAGCUGCAUGCCGUCGGGCUGGUGGCCCAGUUUGAGAGCCUGCUGAGUACUUACAGUGAGGAAAUAGGGAUGCUGGAGGACAUGGAGGUGGGGAUCAGUGACCUGCACAGAGUGACCUUCAGAAUCACAGAGGCGGCGUCUGAGGAAGCUGUCAGCCUGCAGCCCACCGUCAGCGGUAGACGAGACCAUUACACUGUCGAGGUGCCUCUCCCACAUCAUGCCUUCCAAACGCUCCCGGAUGAGCUGCGCGAGGGCAAGCCGCUACGCGUGUUCCCCGUGCUCUUCAAUGUGGGCAUAAACGAGCAACAAACCAUCGCUGAGAGAUUUGGUGACAUAUCUUUACAGGAGAGAAUUAACCAGAAGAACUUCGAGAUUCUAGAAGGUUACUAUAAAUCCUUAACCAACACGGUGUCGUCUGAAUGCCUGCCAUGUUUUCAGACACAGACAGACAUCAAGGAACUGCUCGACACCCUCGGCCAGAAUGUAGUAACCAAGAAGAGAAAGAAUGUGGAGAUCCUGUGGCUUGCGGGAAUGAUCUGUCGACGGAUGAAUGGUAUCCGCUUCACCAGCUGUAAAAGUGCCAAAGACAGGACAUCCAUGUCAGUGACACUGGAGCAGUGCUCUCUGCUGAGGGACGAGCACCAGCUCAAUAAAGAUUACUUUGUGCGAGCUCUGGACUGCAUGCGGAGUGGUCUCUUGGCCCAGGGAGAGGUUGCCCAAUGGGACGACCCUGAAGCGGGCUCUGUAGCUAUUAACAAGCCGGCGUCCCGCCACUUCUAUCCAAUCGCCCUUCUGCUUGUCAGCUCCCACCUGCUGGUGGUGUGGCUCAUUUUAAGUCUUGUUUUUUUGCUUGCAAAAUACCAAUAAACUGCUGAUUAUGCCAUAACCGAGCUGCGUCUAACUUCUUACUUGCUUCCUCGAGUGGUUCACUCUGUCUUCACGCAUAACAUUUUGAUUUCUGAUUUUCAUUCGAAAGUGGUCUGGGUAUUGUCUCUGUAUUUAUGGAAGCUGUUUUUUGCCAAGGAAUAAAAAAAAAAAAAAAAAAGAAGCUAAAUAAAAAUAUAUCAGCAGAAUUUUUCUCUCUGAAUUCUUAGUUUCAGAAGUUACUUUCUUUUUCUCUGAAUUCUGAGGUUAUAUCUUGCAAUUCUGAGUUUUUUCUCUGAAUUCGAAGUUUAUAUCCCGCAAUUGACAUUUUUUCUCUGAAUUCUGAGUUUAUAUCCCGCAAUUUUGACUUUAUUUUUCUCUGAAUUCUGAGUUUAUAUCUUGCAAUUCAGACUUUAUUUUUCUCUGAAUUCUGAGUUUAUAUCCCGCAAUUUACAUUUUUUCUCUGAAUUCUGAGUUUAUAUCUUGCAAUUCAGACUUUAUUUUUCUCUGAAUUCUGAGUUUAUAUCUUGCAAUUCUGAGUUUUUUCUCUGAAUUCGAAGUUUAUAUCCCGCAAUUUAAAUUUUUUCUCUGAAUUCUGAGUUUAUAUCCCGCAAUUUUGACUUUUUUUCUGUGAUUUCUGAAAUUAUAUUUUGUAAUACAUUUUUUCUCUGAAUUCUGAGUUUAUAUCUCGCAGUUCAGAAAAAAGGUUAAAAUUGUGAGAUAAAAGAAAAAGUCUUAAUUUUAAGAUAAAACGUCACAAUUACCUUUUUAAUUUUUUUUAUCCCGUGGAGGAAACAGGCUUUCAUAGGAAUUUAAUGUUAUACAACUACUAACAAAAUAAGAUGUUUCACUUUGAGCACUCAUGCUACUAAAGAUUUUGGUAAUAUUUAAAGGUUCAGUCUCCCAUGUGUUUCCACCCUUAUGUUAUUUUCUCUGUGAAACACAAUGUCCCAUACGGGUUUGGAAUGGUAUUUUGAUCACAAAUGGAAAGCAUUUUAGCAGCUGCACAUGAUUUUUUGUCAGAAGGAAGUGAGGAUGUGUUUAUUUUUUUGACACGCUCUAAAUGCAGCAUGAAUGUCAGAGUUAUCUGUUGCAUUAUGCUUUCAUAAUUGAAGUUUCAUUUAUUCAGUACAAUCAAAAUGUUUCCUCGUGCUUUGCAUAUUAACAUGCAGGUACAAACACUGAGGCCUUUUCAUGAUUUCAUCCUCAUCGUUAUCAUCAUUAUCAUUCCUUUCCUUUUCUUUCUUUCUUUUUCAUCUUCC